GAAGAAUGCAGACCAUGAAAACAAUAAUGGAGUGGAAAAUAUUUUACAUUCACCUGGCACUGUUUUCCCUUGUCUUGAUAGAGGAAGCGUCUUCUCAAGAUGUAUCAAGCUGUGCAGGGAGAUGUGGGGAAGGGUAUUCUAGGACUGACGCCUGCCAUUGUGACUAUAACUGUCAACACUUCAUGGAGUGCUGUCCCGAUUACAAGAAAGUCUGCACCCUGGAGCUCUCCUGCAAAGGACGGUGCUUUGAAUCGUUUGUAAGAGGGAGAGAGUGUGACUGUGAUGCGGCCUGUUCUAAAUAUGGCAAGUGCUGCCCCGACUAUCAGAGCUUCUGCGAAGAAAUACACCACCCGAAAACACCACCACCAUCACCUGAAACUGCACCACCCAAAACAACUCCUCCGGCCAUCAAAUCAACAACUAAACGCUCACCUAAAAGACCGAAGAAGAAGCCAAAGAAAGUGGUGGAAGCACAGGAAGUGACAGAAGAACGUUCGGUUUCUGAGAAUCAGGAAACCUCUUCUUCGUCUUCAUCCUCCUCUUCCUCAACCAUUCGGAAAACCAAGUCUUCCAAAAAUUCAUCUGACAAUUCAGAACCAAAGAAGAAACCCAAAGGACAAGAUUCUAAAAAGAAAAGAACCACCAAAGACAAGCCUACCCCGCAGCCUCCAACUGUUGACGGAGGUGGAAGUGGAUUAGACGACGAAGAUUUCAAGCCAACUCCUCUUCCAGAAAGCCCUAGCCCUCAGCCAAAGGAAGCUGUCCCACCCACGAAAGCUACUACGGCCCAACCAAAGGCCAGCCUCCCACCGAGUACUCCUGCAAGUACAACUAAAGUCUCCCUUAAGGAGACAUCGACGAGAGAGACAACGGCUACUACUGCUAAACAGACUUCAACUACAGCUAAGGAAACAGCUAGUACCGCUAAGCAGACCGCUGCCACAGGAGCGACACCAGCCUCUGAGGUUCCAACGCCACCUGCGGUUACGACGACGACGGCGGGCAAGGAGACCACCCCAGCAGCGGGCAGAGAGACGACGACGGCCAAACAAACGGUUGCUCCGACCAAAGUUGCCUCUCCCUCAUCUAAAAUAGUCACCACGGAGCCACCUUCUACCCCUGAAGACAAAACUCUAACAAGUAAAGCAACAAGUACCACUAUUAAAGUAACCACAACUAAAGAUACCUCUACCACCCCUAAAGUGACGACAACUAAAAUCCCAACUACUCCAACCGAAGAGACAACUGCCAAACCUAGAGACACAACUAUGACAACAUACAAGAUUUCUGUGGUUCCGAAAGACACGACUAUGGCUCCAACAGAGACUCCUGCAGACCCUAAAGCUCCAACCACCCUGGCUUCAGACAAGACUCCGGCACCUAAAGAGACUUCGGUAACCCCUAAAGCCACAACCACCCCAGCUUCAGACAAGACUCCUGCACCUAAAGAGACUCCGGUAACCCCUAAAGCCACAACCACCCCAGCUUCAGACAAGACUCCUGCACCCAAAGAGACUCUCGUAACCCCUAAAGCCACAACCACCCCAGCUUCAGACAACACUCCUACAUCCAAAGAGACCCUUGCAACCCCUAAAGCCACAACCACCCCAGCUUCAGACAACACUCCUGCACCCAAAGAGACUCUUGUAACCCCUAAAGCCACAACCACUCCAGCUUCAGACAACACUCCUGCACCCAAAGAGACUUUCGUAACCCCUAAAGCCACAACCACUCCAGCUUCAGACAAGACUCCUGCACCCAAAGAGACUCUUGUAACCCCUAAAGCCACAACCACCCCAGCUUCAGACAGGACUCCUGCAUCCAAAGAGACUCUCGUAACACCUAAAGCCACAACCACCCCAGCUUCAGACAGGACUCCUGCACCCAAAGAGACUCUUGGAACCCCUAAAGCCACAACCACUCCAGCUUCAGACAAGACUCCUGCACCCAAAGAGACAGCCGUAACCUCUAAAGCUACAACCACCCCGGCUGCAGAUGAGGCUUCUGCACCUAAAGAAACUCCUGUAACCCCUAAAGCCACAACCACUCCACCUCCAGACAAGACUCCUGUACCCGAAGAGACAGCCGUAACCUCUAAAGCCACAACCACCCCGACUUCAGACAAGACUCCUGUACCCGAAGAGACAGCUGUAACCUCUAAAGCCACAACCACCCCGGCUGUAGAUGAGGCUUCUGUGCCUGAAGAAACUCCUGUAACCCCUAAAGCUACAACCACUCCACCUCCAGACAAGACUCCUGCACCCAGAGAGACUUCUGUAACCUCUAAAGCCACAACCACCCCGACUUCAGACAAGACUCCUGCACCCAAAGAGACAGCCGUAACUUCUAAAGCCACAACCACCCCGACUUCAGACAAGACUCCUGUACCCAAAAAGACAGACGUAACCUCUAAAGCCACAACCACCCCGACUUCAGACAAGACUCCUGUACCCAAAGAGACACCCGUAACCUCUAAAGCCACAACCAGCCCGGCUUUAGACGAGGCUUCUGCGCCUAAAGAAGCUCCCGUAACCUCUGAAGUCACAAAAACUCCAGGUCUAGACAAGACUUCUGCACCUAAAAAGACUCCUGCACCUUCUAAAGUCACAACCACACCGGCUUUAGACAAGGCCUCUGCACCUAAGGACACUCCUGUAACCCCUAAAUCCACAACCACUCCAGCUCCAGACAAGACUCUGGCACCUAAAAAGACUCCCGCAGCUCCUAAAGCCAAAACCACCCCGGCUCCAGACGAGACUACUCCAACUGAAGUGACAAGUGCAACUGUAAAGACAAGUACUCCUAAAGUUUCAAGUAAGGAAAUAACCACUCCAGGAACACCAACAAUCGUUGGACGUCAAGAGGAUCGUAUUUCUUUGGCCGAAUCGUCCGACCGCAUCACCACUGCACCUAGAAGAAUCCCAAAACCAGAAAUGCCAGACUCUCCCGUUGGUCCCGAAGGGACCUCAGAAAGAGUGAUUCCAGCCCUUCCAGAACUGGAGGAACAGCUUUUGAUUCCAAGACCUCCGGCCUUCAAUCCAAUGGCUGUCCCAGGUGCUACGUUUAUUGUGAGACCAAAUCAAAACAGUGUCAGCAACCGAAUGCUUUCAGAUGAGACAAAUUUGUGUAAUGGAAAGCCAGUGGACGGACUCACGACUUUGCGCAACGGGACAUUAGUUGCAUUUCGAGGUCAUUACUUCUGGAUGCUGAAUCCAUUCACUCCUCCAUCACCACCUCGUAGAAUUACGGAGGUCUGGGGCAUUCCCUCCCCCAUUGAUACAGUUUUUACGAGAUGCAACUGUGAAGGAAAAACGUUUUUCUUUAAGGACUCUCAGUACUGGCGUUUCACCAAUGAUGUAAAAGACGCGGGCUACCCGAAACAAAUCUUUAAAGGAUUUGGAGGACUAAAUGGAAAAAUAUUGGCAGCUCUCUCAAUAGCUAAACACAAAAACAGGCCUGAAUCGGUGUAUUUUUUCAAAAGAGGUGGCAGUGUGCAACAGUAUACCUAUCAGCACGAGCCCACCAAAAAAUGUACCAGGCAGAGACCUGCUGUAACCUAUCCGAUUUAUGGACAAACUACCUUGGUCAGAAGACGUCGCUAUGACCGGGAUGUAUCUCCAUACCAAACGUACCGCCACACCAUCAGAAUCAACUAUCCACCCAGCUAUCAAACGGUCAAAAUCAGCUACCCAGUAGGUGUCCUACAUAAUGAAGUAAAAAUGCAUACACAGUGGAGUGGAUUUCCCAAAGUCAUAACCUCAGCUAUCGCACUGCCCAACCCCAGAAAACCUGAUGGCUAUGAUUACUACUCAUUUUCUAAAGAUCAAUACUACAGCAUCGAUGUGCCUACCCGAACAGCAAGAGCUAUCACAACACGCUCGGGGCAGACAUUAGCAAAGGCGUGGUACAACUGUCCUUGACAGACACAUUGUAGGGUUGUU